AUGGAACAGUUUAUGUCACUUAAUCAUGGAAGCCAUACUGAAGCAUCUAAAGACCAAAGCACAGAAGCUAGAAACGUGAUAAUCCAUGGCCUAAGAAUCCACCAUUGCAAGGCUCAAAGUCCAGGAAAUGUGAUGGGUCCUGAAGGAAAGUUAGUUACUUUAGGUCACACAGAUGGGGAUGCAAUUAGAUUGGUAUCAUCAUAUAAGAUAUGGAUUGACCAUAACACCCUUUAUAGUGGUCAGGAUGGUUUGAUCGACGUGACUCGUGGCUCAACCAACAUCACAAUAUCAAACAAUUGGUUUAAGAACCACAAUAAGGUGAUGCUUCUUGGCCAUGAUGAUGGGUUUGUUAGGGACAAGAACAUGAAGGUCACUGUGGCUUUCAACCAUUUCGGCCCAGAUUGCCAUCAGCGCAUGCCCAGGGUACGCCACGGUUUCGCCCAUGUCGUGAACAAUCUCUACAAGGGGUGGGGGCUCUAUGCAAUUGGAGGAAGCAUGAACCCUAGCGUGACCAGCGAGGCAAAUCUUUUCAUCGCAGAAAAAGCAGGGAAGAAGGAGGUUACUUGGAAGAAGGGUUACAAUGGAGGGGAUGAAUGGAACAUUCACUCUAUUAAGGAUGUCCUUGAAAAUGGUGCUAGCUUUUCUGAAGUUGGAGAUGAAAAGGAUUUGAUUAGGCCAGUCUAUGACCUUGAUCAACAAUUUAAGGUGGUUGAUGCCAGGUCUCUUCCAGCCUUGACUGGGUCAUCAGGUGCUUUCAAGUGUACCAAAAAAUCCAGAUGUUGA